AUGACAAGAAACCUUCGUAGUGUCAUCCAGUCGUUUAAGUACGAUGGUGGAGAGGAAACAAAGACAAAAGCAGUGGGGAUAACUCGAAAUGCAUCGACAUCGGCUGGAAAAAAUCGAAUCAAUAAAGCAAAUUCUAAGAAGAAACUUGACCUAGAAGAGAAACAAUACCGUGAUUUGGCGCCGUCGAUUAAGCAGGACUUAAGUCUAUUGUUUAUUGGUUAUAACCCAGGAUUAGAGUCAUCGAUACAACAACAUCAUUAUGCACAUUUCACCAACUUAUUUUACAAGUUGCUUAAUCAGUCAGAGGUAUUAAUUAAAGUAUUGAAAAGUAACCAAGCAAAUUUGAACCAGCUAUUGAAAGAAGAUGAACUAUUUCAAGAGUUGGUUGAAGACCCACUCACAUUCAAGACAAGGGUUAAGCCGGUGCAUGACUUUGACUUGAUCAAGUAUGACAUUGGGUUCACUGACUUAGUUUUGCGUUGCACCCGAACAGCCCAAGAACUAUCAAUGAAGGAAAAAUUGGAAAAUGUUCCUAGAUUGCUUAGUGAGUUUAAAGAAAGCAAGACAAAGCACUUGGUGUUCAUAGGGAAAGGAAUAUGGGAAAUCAUUGUGAAAUAUAUGUGUCAAGUAUUAAAUAUUAGUAAAUUUAAAUUGACUAAAGAGAAUUUUGUAUGGGGGUUGCAAAAUGAAAAGCUGUGUUCAGAUUUGCAAUACAGGAAGAUAAUUGCAAAGAUGACUGAAUUAUGUGAAUGUGAUAACAGGAUAUAUGUAUUCCCGAACACCUCAGGUUUAGUUACAUCGUUAACUUACCAUGAAAAAUUACAGCUAUGGAAUAACUUGGGUAAUGAUAUAUUAACAGGAGAACUAAAGAAAUAA